AGAACCCCACCGCACCUCUGCAUCGCCUCACGGCGAUCGAACUCUUUCUCUCUCUCUCUCGUUCGAUCGCCCGCCCCUGGCGCCAUCCACAUUAAUCGACAUCUCAGGAGCCACAGCUUGCUCGCUCGAGGCUUCUUCUUGGUCUGCCAGCUGCUGCUGCUUCUGCUGCUGCUGCUGCUGCUGCGGCGGGAGUGGCUGGGAUUGUAUCCGACGACCAUGACUCCUGCCGAGAGAGCGAUAGUUGCGCUGUGCGUGGCGAGCGCCGCUAUCGUCAUUGCCGCAUCCUCGACUCCGUUUGCCCAGCAGGCCUCGUCACGUGAUGGCGGCUGCCGGCCGGGAUUCGCCGUGAGCCACGUCUGUGCGGACAUCCCGAAGAGUGUUCCGUCAGGCCACGUGAUCCUCACCCUCCCGUUCCGAUCGUGCGGCGGCAUGCCGGCGCCGACGUUCGCAGUGAGGCCGCGCUCUCUGCACGUGACCUCUCGCGGGGUGCUCAUGACGUCGCGACCUCUGACCCUGGCCGCGGGGUCGGAACUUCACGUGGCCGUGAGGGCGCGCGGCAUUCACGGUGGCAAAACGUGGAGGAGUGCAGCACGGGUUCUUGUGCGGUGCCACGCUCAGGAUGGUGCGGUGUCGUCUCGGUGCCCGAGCCGCGUUCGUCGAGAGUGGACAGUUCCAAAACCUUACGUCAACGAGAACGAUCCCGGCCCCUACCCGGCCUUCGUCACCAUGUACACAUCGGACAAAAUGAAGGCUCACAUGUACAAGCUCACGGGCCCCGGCGCGGAUGAGGAUCCCGUGGGGCUGUUCUACCUGGACGACCAUGGACGGAUAUACGUGAAGGAAGCUGUGGAUCGCGAGACGCUGAAAGUUUACCAAAUGUUUGUGCACGCGUACGACGAACAGGGCCACGAAGUCGAAAAUCCUGCCACGAUGACGGUGCUGGUGACCGACGUCAAUGACGAGACUCCGCAGUUCGUGGAGAAAAACUUCACGGGAACGGUGCUGGAGAACCAACCAGCCGGCACGACCGUAAUAAAUAUAGAGGCGACAGAUGGAGAUGAUCCAGCUACAGACCACGUCAUCAUCAUGUACACCAUCAUCUCCCAGAAGCCACCCUUACCCAAAGCGUUCACCAUCGACAGGAGCAGUGGCACCAUCACUACCCUGAUAAAACUGGACAGAGAGGCCGUGAGUCAGUUCCUGCUGGAAGUGAACGCCAGUGACUGCAACGGCUCCCCCAUAGGGCUCAGCAACACGACCACUGUGACCAUCAUCGUGGGGGACACAAACGACAGCCCCCCAGAGUUCACCUCCCCCAAGUACGAGGGGACGGUGCGGGAGAACGAGCUGGUGACGCAGGCGGUCUUGCUGGACAUUCGAGAUGCGGACGCUCCGGGCUUGCCCGCGUGGCGAGCCGUCUACACCGUCACUAGCGGCAACGAAGAGGGGCACUUCGCCAUUGCCACCGAUGCCAAGACCAACCAGGGCGUAUUGUCCGUCGUCAAGCCACUGAACUUUGAAGCGAUAACAACGGCUGACAAGACGGUUCCUCUCGUGGUGACGGUGGCCAACGAGGAGAAGCUCCUUCCCGGCGCGGUCGCAUCGUUGUCGUCGUCUGCCACGGUGCUCGUGCGCGUCACGGACGUCAACGAGGACGCGGCUUUCAUUCCGUCGGUGCGCAUGGUGGAGUGCGUCGAGGGGUCGCCGCUGGGAUCGCCGCUCGGGGUCUUCUCCGCGCAGGACCCCGACACUGGGACAACGCACAACUUCACCUACAAGAUCGUGUCAGACAAGGCGGGCUGGCUGGCGAUUGACCCAAGCACAGGAGCACUUAGCUUGGCUGGGGACGUGGACUAUGAAGACCCCGAGUACAUCCGCAAUGGGAAGUACAACGUGACCGUCAUUGCCAUCGAUGCAGGUCGCCCGGACUUCACCUGCACAGGAACGGUGGUUCUGAACAUUGUGGACGUCAACGACCAUGCUCCCAAGCUGGCGGGGCCUUUGUUUGCAACAGGGGCCUCAACGCCACACCUCUGCCUGGCCAGGCCUUCUGAGGGUCUUCCACUCAUGGCCACCGAUGAUGACUCGCCUGCUCAUGGGGCCCCCUUCUACUUUCAAUUGGUCAACAAGCCUCCCGGCACCGACGAGCUGUGGGAGGUCGUGACUCUGAACGCCACGAACGCGCGAUUGCAGGCACGCGUGACCCCCUCAGGCAAGGGCCCCCUGCCCGGGGUGCACCAGCUCUCGGUGCUGCUGAGGGACCGGGAGGGACUCGGAGAGGCGAGACAGAUCACCGUGCGUGCCUGUCACUGCUUGGGCCUACUCAAGGGCUCGGGUUGCGUGACUCCCGCUGGGUCGGUGGGCCUCGGAUUCGACGGCUUGGCCGCCAUUGUGUUCCCGAUCCUCACUCUGCUGCUGUUCGGAGUUCUCUACUGCUGCUUCUGCCGGCAGCCGCGACCGGCGCUGAAGGUCCCCGAUGUCUGGGCUGAGUCGCUCGUCCAGUACAACCAGGAGGGCGGUGGUGAGAAUGCAACGACUCUCUCAUCGCUGGUUAAUAAUCUCGACCGUGAUGCAACCUUCAGCAAACACGGUGGACUGUCCAGCCCCUGACAUCGGCGUGCUGCACAAGCCUCCAUCGGCCUUAAGUCGUGGAAGAUUCCAUGGGGUAACAGCUGUCAUCGGCACCCGUAAACGGAACCAAGUGGCUUCUACGCUCCCGCCGUUCGACUGUCUCCCAAUAUUCUUAGGUUUUUUCGGUAAAGUCACGUAGGUAAAAAAUAAAAAUUAAUAAAAGUAAAAUAAAAAUAAAAAUCACGGCGUUUCGGAGGCAACACAAGCUUCCGUCUUCAGGUGGAACCGUCACAGCCACGACAGCUGUAUCAAGUAAAUGAGAGAUUACAAGAGCUACCACUCCGUUUAUAUAAUGGUUGAAGAGGGGAAGGGCCAAGUACGGCACACUUUGUAUUAAUAUGGUAAGGUGAGGCUUAAGACUAAGAAUAGACUGCAUAACAAAAGACUGAGCCUUUGUUAUGGAGAGGUACGAUUUGUGACUACGCCUAGCCUACAUAACAAAAGUGUGAAAAAAGAAACAAACUAAACAUGGUAAAACAAGCCUGGCUGUCUAUCAAUAACCUGUAAUAGUUGUCUGUCAAAUAAGAUGCUCCAAAUAAGUGUAGUUAAAUAUUUUUUUGCAUGGUUAAUCACAUCUUUCCAAUGAUUACUCAGUUUGUAACCAUCAUCACGGUGGAAAUUAUGUCUGUGUUUGUAUAUAUAUAUCCCAAUCCGAUACCAGAUCAAUUUCACGAUCGCUCUCACCGACUUUUAAGAUCCUCCGUUGAACUCGUCCCCGUCUUCAUCUUCCCCUCUUGUAUUGCUCAACUCCCCUCUACGCACUCAUCUACCUACCAUCAAUCAUCUAGUGACAUGUCCUACCCACUGUUAUACAUGAUUUAAGUUUAUCCGUUGAACCAGGUGAGAACGCGUAAGACCAAGAUGGUCCCGUGUGCAAGAGCGGCUUAUUUGAAUCUUGUCAUUAACUUCCGUACCUAAUGUAAUACACCGUGCAAUUUCUGUGCACCUGAUGGAUUGCAAUCCUAUCGAGCACUAUCGUUUGCGUUACUUUCGACAGUAUUGCAACGUUAUUACAAUGUAAAAAAUUAAUCCGUACAAACAAAAUUUUUCACUAUAAAUCCUUUAUAUGCGUGGCGGCUAGAGUCCUCUCGUCCUCUGGCUUGAGAUGGCUGCCACCUAUGGGUCAGAUGAUUGCAUUGCACCAUUAAGCAAUUGGUAAUUAAAUAUAAUAUUUUUGUCCUAAAAAGUGUACAAUUUUGGAGAAAAAAAAAUUCCAAAAAAAUUAAUUGUCACGCACAACGAGUCUGUGUGGAAAAUGUCAGCUCGAUUGGAUCACGGGAAGUGGGUUAAAAAACGACCGAAAGAUUUGCACGGUCGUAAGCGCGCAAGCGAACUUAAUAUAAAGGUUUUAAAAAUGGUCGCGAUGCGGUUUCAUGCAGUCACACUCCAUACGUGUACGCGUGUUGCUGUGUGCAUGUGCAAUAUGCGUGUCUGCACGAGUCAACGUACGUACGUGUUUGCAUGUUGUGUGUAUGUGGGGAGCGGUGGGUGUAGUGAUUAACGCACUGCACUAUGAACCCCGGCGAGUGAGGUUGAUUGCUGCUCACAGACCAAGUAUCAGUGAUGAAUAUCUGAACCGGUUAUGGGCCUCCACGAGAUCAAAUCACCAUUGAAUGGGUGCCUGGUGUAGUGUGCAAACAUCACAUGGCCAUGUUUGGUGCGAGCCAAACCACUCCCUCGUGUCGUAUGCUGGUCAUCAUAGGUGCUCCCUAACAGCUUUAGCUUGUUCCGCAACAGAUUGUUGAAGACUACAAGGGGAAUAUUUGUUUCUGUGUAUGUACGUAUGCAUGUGUUUCUAUCUUUUGCGACAAUAUUGCACUCGCAUGCAUCGCCUUCAGUGGUAAAGCAUUUCACCUGGAUUUCUUGCAAUCGUUGGAAGCGAAUCGGGUGCAAACCGUGCAAUGUGAUUGCAUCCCCAUUGACUGCAAUGGAAAUGUCUAGUGUAUAUUGGUCUUUAUGCAUGAAACAAACACUACAUUUCACAUCAGAAGCUGAACUAGUCUCUGGCUUGUAUACUUGUAUGGUGGUAGAGUUAGGCAGUGGUAACACCUGUGCCUCACAGCAAGAUUAGCGUGGUUUCAAUUCCCAGCUCAGGUAUCUUUCUGCAAGGAGUGUAUUUGUUCUCCCCCUGUUCAGCAUGAUUUUCCUCCAAUUUAUCCAGUUUCCUCCCAUAGCUGGAAAAAAGAAGUGUAACCGAUAUUGGCCAAACAUCCAAAUGCUGAAAUAUUACCCGCAUAUUACUCAAUUGGGAUUACAAACGGCAACUUCACCGCCUACUGUACAUUUGAACUUUUAUGUCGACUCACAGAUUUAUCUUAAGACUCUGACUGAUCUUCUUGGUUCUUUCGGUAAAGUCACGUAGAA